AUGACAAUCUUGGCGGGCAUGCUCGAGGACCCCAAUGUCACUCCCCCUGAAGACAUGUGGACCAGGACCGACUCGCCCCUGAAGGCGCCUGAUACACCCCUCGACAUCAGCAUUCACUUCGACAAGGGUCUUCCUGUCAAGGUCGUCACCCCCGAGAAGACUGUCACCGGCUCGCUCGAGCUCUUCAAGCUCCUUAAUGAUCUGGGCAAGCAGCACGGUAUUGGUCGCAUUGACAUCGUUGAGAACCGCUACAUCGGCCUCAAGAGCCGUGGAUGCUACGACUCACCCGCGAUGACUUUGCUUCGCCUGUCACACAUUAGCAUCGAAGGACUGGUGCUUGAUGGACGUGUCCGUUCCCUUCGCGACAACCUUAGCAAGCAGUGGUCGGAGCUUCUGUACAACGGCUUGUACUUCAGCCCCGAGAGGGCGUUCCUUCAGCCUUCUCUCGACUUCGCCCAGGAGCGUGUCAACGGCGAGGUCCGUCUUCGUCUUUACAAGGGCAACGCGUACGUUCUUGGCCGCACUUCCCAGGAGAAGCUCUACUCCGAGGAGGACGCGUCCAUGGACUCGCUCACUACCUUUGAUCCUUCCGAGACGUCUGGUUUCAUCACGAUUGCUGCCAUUCGCCUCAAGAAGGUUGGACAUCUCAAAUACUAUGGUCUUCAGGUGGCCGAGGCUGGUCUCGAGCUCUAA